AUGAGCAUCAUUGUCUCGAAAAAGAAUGGUGGUGUUCCCGAUAUGCGGUCAAACAUCUUGGGAGAGGAUAAUAUUGUUGACUAUUGUUUGAACAGGCCAACAUCCAGAGCAAGAGAUACUCUUGGUUGGUGUAAUCGAGUACCAUAUUCAUGUUCAUCAUUUAUGACAGUCAUGAUCAUGUCAAGGCCAACAGAAAAGAGAAACGAGCGAUACUCAUUAAACAAUAGCCAUAUGACAAAUAAGAUGACAGCUAGAGAUAAUAAGGUUAUCAUUCUCUUUUUAAUUGUUGUCUGUUUGGCAGUGGUCAAAGUACAGAGUAGUAACAGAGACACCAAUGAGCAACCACAGGUAGUGUAUGUUGACAAAAACUCAUUGUGCCUAGUCGACUGUGGUACUGAGAUGUCACCCUUUUCCAACUUUGUCGAUGCUAUCCAACACAUCACCGCCUUGCGUAGUAACAGGUCGUCGUCGGCUGUCAACAUCGAUUGGCUUCUUCAAAACAGCCACCACCAACAACAAGACUUGACUACCAUCAUUGUCAAAGAUGGUAUUUAUCGUGGAUCUAAAAACAAAGGUUUAGAUAUCAAUUUUCCUUUGCAUAUUAUAGCUCAAUCACCACCCAAACAAACAACCUACGUUUCAGUUAAAUUCAACGAUGCACAAGUAAUCAUUGAUUGUGAGAAUGUAGGUAAUGCCAUUACAGUCAAGAAUGUCACUCUCUUUAAGCUAUCAAACAUUGGUAUUCAUCGUUGCGUCGGUUCAUCAGGAGGUGCUCUCUCGAUUGUAAACUCAUCGGUUGUCGUUGGUGCCGUUACGUUUGUCGGUAAUCAAGCUCUCAACGGAGGUGCAGUCUCAUUGUCCAAUUCAAACAUUGAUUUCACUCGUUGUCUCUUUAUGGACAAUCGAGCUGUUACACAAGGAUACGAUAUCUAUGCAUCGUCGUCUGUCGUCGGCCUAUCAAUGACCAAUCAAAAGCCAUGUGAUAUGUAUUCUACUGGAGGUUCGGUAUCGAUUAAACUCGAUUCAUCAUACCUCUCGAUGGACAGUACCACAACUAUGGAAGGUCUCAAAAUAGCAGGUGAUCUAUCUACUAUAUCAUUACCCACUGGUAUCGUCACUGUUCUCGAUCGUACAUGUCCCACUCCACCAACAGUAUUUAGUACCUAUACUGAGAGUUGUAACAACAAUAAUGUAUGUGACGAUGGAGAAUCAUGCCUUUAUUGCCCAUCGGAUUGUUCUUGUGUUGCCUCUGGAUGGAAGAUUGAAAUAUUCAAGAAUAUGCCUGCACUUCCAAUCACAGUUGCAGCUGACAUUAUUCAAUUGUCACCAAGUAUUGUCACCCUUGGCCAUUCAUAUGCUGUUAUGAAUGCCUACCUCAAGAUUAAUAAGCAUGCUACCUAUGAAUUCAAAUUCGUCGGUAGUAAUUCCGGUUUUGUAUUUUCAGUCGAUGGAAAUGACAUUGUCUAUAGUGCCGCUUCCCUUUCCAAAGUCGAUACAACGAGAUCAGUUAGACUGACAGCCACCAAUGUACACCAUCUUCGUUUGUCCAUCACCAAGGCUGUACCCUAUUUUAACUACCCCUUUGGUGCCAACCUCAAGAUCUAUUGGAGAAGAAAAGCCGAUGGUGAACAAUUCGUAUUACUUGAUCCAUUCUAUUCCAAAAAUAUUUGUAAUGAUGGUAUUUUGGAUGAUAGAGAGAAAUUACCAGCCUAUAAAUGUGUUGCUGAUCAAAAGACUUUGGAUCCAUCCAAAGAUACUUGUGGUGAUGGAAUUUGUAGUGAGAUACCAGAAGAUUGUCUCGCAGAUUGUUAUCAUAUUAUCUCCGAUAUGUGUCCAGAACAAGCCACACCUCACCGUCUCGAUCCAACCUAUUCCAAGAUGGAUUUUGUCGGAACAGCCCUCAACAACCAAUACAUGUACACGUUGCCAGGUAUCCAACUCUUGUCUCACGGUAUCGACAUUGUGACUGAUGAAUAUACAAAUGCACCUGUAUUCCAUUUUGGAUAUUGUGACAAUUCAUCAUACUCUACAGUCCAUGACUUGUAUCGUGGUCUAGUGUACACAGUACCCAAAGGAAUACAUGCAAUCCCGACACCAAAAUGCUCAUAUUCAGCCUCAACCAAAAGCUAUUCGUCAUCUUCUCAAGUCUCUCAAGAAAAGGCAGACGACAUUAGUGUGGCUGAUUCAGCCAAUCUUGGUGCAGCAUAUUGGGGAGUAUCAAUUCAAGCCAGUGUUGCAUUCUCUCAAUCCUCUUCUACCAAAUCGGCAAGUGAUCUCGAAAAGAAGGUAUCUGGUCAGAUCAUGGUUGACACUGUUCUAUGUGAGACUACUCGUGUCCACAUCACCGCCGAGAAUAUGACAUUCCAUCCCAAUUUCGUGAGGGAUGUUGCACAAGCAGACACUAUAGCCAAAAUGGAAUUGGUUGUCGCCAAGUACGGUUCACUGUACCUCAAAAGUGCUGUGAUGGGUGGUUCAUUGACACACAUUACCGUCGUAUCUCAUUCGAGCUUUGAAGGAAAGGUAUCUUCUGAUAUUGCAAAAAAUACUCAACUUUCUCUGUCUGCCAAGGUGUCGUCGCCAGUACUCAAGGUCAGUGCCAACUACAAGAAAGGUACCGACAACUCAAUCACAAACGAACAACAAAACAAGUUUGAAGAUGACAGUGCAUCAACGACAAUCAUGACCAAAGGUGGUCCACCAGGUUCAUUUGGUCCAGACACCAAGGGAGCCAACAACAACUUUGGUGAAUGGGCAAAAGGUGUCGAUCUAUUGCCCGUACCCAUCAAGAAAGAGUAUGGAUUCAUUGUUGACUUGAUCCCCGAAAACUGGCGCGUCAAAGGUUCAAUCGAAACCAUCCAAUCGAUGUGGAACAAAGCUGAAAUCGCUCACCUUUACAAACAUUUUGCAAGCAAACUCGAAUUUAAACAAAUUGAAUCAUUAAAAACAGAUGAAUCGAUUUUUUAUUUGAAUACUCCCCAAUCUGUUGGUACACCGUAUCUACUUUCGUUUACUAUUAAAACGGCAGAUGGAAUAAUCAGAACACCACCAGCCAGCUCUUUAGACUCGGGAGCACUAUUUGUUUUACCGAUCGGUGAGAUAAUAGCUGUCGCUGGAUAUCCAACCAGCAAAACCUCAUUCGAUGUCUAUGAUGUGGUCACUGGUCGCUUCUACAACUUUGUCUACUAUGGUAAUAUCUGGAAUCAAUUGCUCACCAAAACAUUUAGCUUCCGUAUUCAAAUGACCAAAAUUGGUGAUUGUACCACUUGCACUCUCUAUCCAAUCAUACGAAUCACCCAGAAAGGUACUCUUGGCAGCUAUACGGUGGAUUACAACCCUACUGCGACUAAUGCAAUUCACUACACGGGCCCAUAUCUUGGUGAUCUUCAAUUAUUGUCGGUUGAGCCCAUUACGUCAUUUGAAAAUGAGGGUAUCACCUUUAGCUACACAAUCAAUGCAUUCAACAUCGUUCAGUAUUGUCCCAAUGCUCCUGGAGUGAGAAGUGGAGAGGGAAUGUGUACGAUUCCUGCUCGCAUGCCCUUUGAGACAAAGUACUCGACCAUCUAUGGCACCUUACCAAGGACAUUCGACUUGUCAACCUCAAAAGUUACAACUGUUAGCAUUAUAAAACACGACAUUCUUCCUCUUUCAAUCAAUAUUUAA